AUGUCGAUGCCGGAAAUGGAGCACAACAUCGGCGCCCUGGAUGCGCCCGAUGUGCAUCAGGGCGCUGCAUGCAGGAGUAUGUCGGCAGGUCGGAAGUCGGAGUCUGGUACACUGACCGGGACGGACACCGCACGCACAGGACCAUCAGGAGAUGGAGGUCGGAUACCAGAGGAGAGGUUGGACGGCAGUACAGAUGCCGGUCUUAUGGGUGGACACUGGAGGUUCUGGAUGGAGUCUGGAUCGGGUGAGAAGGAAUAG